GAAAUUGAAUUAUAUUCCAUUUUAUACGGAUGCACUCAUAAAUUCUUUAGUAUGUAUAUAGUAGUUGCUUACCGGCCUUCUAAUAACCUUCCUUCGAAGUAUAGCGAGAGCUCAAGUGAUCUUAAAUCCAGCUCAUCCACAUCUAUUCACGUGCCAUGCCAAAAUGAUGCAUAUAUAUAAAGAACACUCAGGCCAUGUAAUUAUUAUACCAUAUCGACCCAUAUAAGCUAAACUCUCGCAUCAGUUCCCAGCAGAUUCACUACCAACAUGGCGGCUAACAACAAACUGAUCCUCGUCUUAGUCAUCUCUCUGUUUCCUCAUGUCAUCUUUUCUUCGGCAACCUCCGCGUCAGCAAAAGAGUACGACGCGAAGGCAUACGUUGACUCGUGGUGCCGGACAACCUUAUACCCGAACCUGUGCGUCCGCUCGUUGUCUCGUUAUGUACGUUCACGGGCUAUGCAAAAUCCACGAGACCUGGCCCGAUUUGCCCUCAAAGCAAGCCUCUACCGAGCCAAGUACACGAAGGCGUUCCUGUUAAAAGAAGUGACGAACCUGGAGAAGGUGAGGCCACAAUACUACGCGUUGGUUCACGACUGCUUGACGCAGAUCAGAGACAGCGUGAACCAGCUGAGCCUAGCUAUAGCGGAGCUGGACAGGGUGAACAGGAGAGGCGGAAAGAGACAAGUAGAUCUGGACUGGCACAUAAACAAUCUGCAGACGUGGACAAGCACAGCUCUGACAGACGCGGAGACUUGCGUGAGUCAGUUCCCGGGGCGGAGGAUGAGCAAGUUAAAGGCUACGAUCAAAGGGAAAGUGAAGAACGUGGAGGAAACCACAAGCAAUGCCCUGGCCUUCAUCGAGCACUACGCUGCUGCUAGGUACAGAGCUAGACGCCCCUGAUGAAUCUUGCUGCCUCUACCAACUCUCGUCUUCUGAUCACAUUUACAUAAUGCCUUAAUUUGCUGUUUGCUAGCUACUUCUUGAUCUCGUCGUAAUUACUUAUACGGAUGUUCUCUGUUUGAUUACCAAUAUAUAUUAAGAUAUAUGUUUGUAAUAUGUUACCCAAUCGUGUAAAUCCAAAAAGC